AUGGCAAACCCCAAUCACGUGCACGAUGACUCUGUCCACGUCCACAACGGACAGAACAUCUACGCCGACCCAGAGUUCAAUCCCCAGUUCCCCGGCACUGUCAACCCGUCUUUUGACCCCAGUGCCUACAACCUGUACUCUACCACCGCCCCGCAGCAGACUUGGCAGCAGCCGACCAUCUCUCGGCCAGCAUCAGCACUGGGGGCCCCGUACGAGGCCAGCAACCAGUUCUACGGCCGCCCCUUCUCCAACAGCCCGCUGCAGUUCCAGGACCAGCCAUUCCGCCAUGCGAACAUCAACUCGUACUCCCAGCAACCUGCUGUGGACCCGUCCCUGGUGUCAUCCUCCAUGCGGCAACCCAGCUACGACUUGGGCAUGAGGAACAUGAUGCCUACGAGUGGCUCGCCGAGCACCAUUUCCCCGCAGGCACUUCAGACCACCAUCAGGGUCAAGUCAGAGAACCAGCCAUCGCUCCAGAACAUCCAGAACAUCCAGAACAUCCAACAGGCUGGCCCUGCCGUCCAGGAGCCCACGACCAAACCGGCUGCACAGUCUUAUGGCUUCCAGCAGUCGGCCCCGCCAGCAAAGGUGGUCGUGCCUGUGAAUCCAUCCAUCGUGACGCCGAAAGGUGAAUUGCAGGGUAAAUUCAUGGUCAAGAACCUCGAUGAGCUUGUCAAGGCAACGAAAUCUGUCCGCUUGCACCACUUCGUGACUCUCAGUGAUAUUACUCUAGACUUGCCCCUCAAUAAAACAACGGUCCCCAACUACACGCCAAGAAAAUCCAAGCGUGAGAUUAAGAUCCUAGCUGCCAACGAUAAGCAACUGUCGACAAAAAUCACCAAGAAGUCGGGCAAAAAGUCUUCAACCGCACUGAGGGCACCUCGUAUCCGGACUGCACCUUCAAGUGCACAAUCUCCAACAAACCUGAAGCGGGAGUAUAGUGACAGUGCUAGCGAGACGGAAUCGUCUGAUGACUCUGACUACUCCUCUGACGAGGAAACCCCUGAGCCCUCACCAUUACCAGAUAAAAGGCCUGAGGAGCCUAAAGCCGCAGUGGAAUAUGAUGUGACUGAAGCUGUCUGGCUGCCUCCUAAGUCUUCUGCCAGACCUGAGCAAAUUCGCACUGCUCUCGUUAAUUUCUGGGAGGUGGUCCGGACGAUUAGGGAUCGGUGGCGGCUUGACAAUGCCGCUGUCAAGCAGGCAGAGGAGAAGAAGAGGGUCAGUGAGCUCCCUAUGCUAAAGAGCCGUGUUGGGAGCCAACAGGCCAUGAUGGAGGUAGCGCUCAAGACUGCCCUUGAGCAUGGCCAUCCUGACAUUGUUCACCACCUUAGCGAGAACAAGCCUUUCCUUCUUCUUCUCUACCAGUUCAUUGCCGACCGAAUCACGUCCAAAGAUUACGAUGGCGUUAUGGUUGGCGUCAUUCUGGAGCUUCUAUCGCGAUGUAGCACUUUGACAAAUGCCAAACUCGAAGAGUCUAAGCUGUCCAAAGUCUUCACCAUAAUGUCCAAGCCGGGGAAAGGCAAUGAUAAGACGAAAGCACAAAUUAAGCAGAUCCUAGCCAAAGUUGCGGCCUCGCCCGAGACUAAGGUCGAAUCUCCUGCGCAGAAGUCCGGUGACACAAAGGACAACAUCAAGGCCACGCAGCCAACAACACGCCCCUCUGCUGAGCCCCUGACAGGCACCAAGCGGCCACGAACUGCCGAUGUGACUUCGGGUGAGCCUGCCAAGAGGGUUGCCUCAGGCCUCAACAAACCAGUCACAUCUGCCACCACAAAACCCCCAACAAACGGUCUGAAGCGCCCUGGUGAGAGAUCUGUAGCUCCGACCAACACUGCGUCAAAGCCCAAGGUCAACCCAUUGGUUGCGAAGCCGACAAGCCUCUUCUCCAAUUUACAGUCAGCACCAAAGAGGCCUGGUGCUCAGCCUGUGGCCAAGCUAGGAGCUCAGUCGAAACCUGCCGCCAAUGCUUUGAAUCAAAAGAAAGCUGCCACGGCACCUCCUAUGCGAUCAUCAGCGCCGGCAUUUUCUUUCGCCGAGACCAUGGCGAACUUGAUGAAGCCGAAGGAACCAGAAGUGGUGGCCAAGCCCGAGGAGAAGCGACCGCCAGAGACGCCAGAGGAAAAGGCAAGGCGACUUCGGAAGGAAUCACGUCGACAUCUGCGUGUGGCUUUUCGUCCGGAUGCAACUCUUGUCAGCGUCCGAUACUUUAGCCAUGACCCCGAAGAAGAGGUUGGCCACGAUGCUAGUAUGGUCCGUGACGCCGGUGAUGUUGGUGGUGAAGGCCGCAUGUUCAAGCAGCACAAAGACAUGGAUAUGGAUGAGGAAGAUGACGACCUGCCUCGUGAAGAGUCGUUCCGUGACUGGAUUGAGCCGUCCGAGAUUGACUUCAGCGUCAUUGCCAUCGAGGAGCGCAAGAGGAACUACCCUCGAUCCGGUGGAGGCUUGAACGAUAAUUGGAAGUUCCCAGAAAAAGAGGAGAACGAGCGCCGUGAAGCCAACACACUGAUGGUGUUCUAUGCUCAAAAGUCUGAUAUCCCGCCAUCGCCGCGAGAGCCACCCGAGCCAGCCGAAAGCGCUCCAGCGGAAGUUGUUGAGUUUGGCCCACCACCCCAAGAGGUCCUCAACCGUGCCGCUGCCUUCGCGCCUGUCUCUGUGCAGCCUCCAGUGCAAGACUUGGCUGCAAUUUUCAACAUGAUGGCCCAGCAACCUCAGCAACCCCAGCAACAGCCAGUUGCUCCAACUUCUCAGCUAGAGAGCAUAUUUGCGCAGUUCGCAGCUAAGACAGAGCCAGCACCACAGCAGGCCCCUCCCACCAACAUCUACUCGAUCCUCGGCGCACUCCAACAGCCACAAGCGCCGCAACAGGUGCCACAGAUGCCGCAGUACCCAUCUGCUUUCGCUGUGCAGCCACCUCCACAGGCCCCAGCAACCCCUGACGUGAGUGCUUUACUAGCGACACUCUUGUCCAGCGGCCAGCAGAACAACGCCGCUCCUCAAAUGCCGUUCAACAUGCCCUACAGCUUCGCAAACAUGGGCCAGCAACCCCAAGGCCAGCAUCAGCAACAGUCCGCUGUCUAUGAAAACGAAGAACGCAAGCGAUGGCGCGAGAACGGCGGCGGCUACCAAGAGCCUCCUCCCCCUGAACGUGCACCCGAACGUGAACACAGCGGCUCGUUCAAGAAGGGGAAGAACAAGAAUAAGGGGGGAUCAGGUGGCUUCCAGAAGCCGCACAAGGUCCACCCGUGUAGGUUCUUCCAGGAGGGCAAGUGUGCGAAGGGCGAUGCAUGCACUUAUAUUCAUGAUCCGAAUGAUAUUAGGAAGCGCUGA